AUGGAGAAAUUAGACAGCGUAUUGACGGGAAAAAUGAAAGCCUUACGUUUUACACUAAGCAAAACCGACGAGAUUAUCGGAAAACGAAAUAAAACAGCCAUCGAGCGGCAUCGCGAUACGUUGAAUUCAAUGUCAAGUGCCAUUGGGAAGUUAAAAGGAGAAAUCGAGGAAGCGAAGUUCAUAGAGGGCGACAGCGACGAAAAUGUCGACAAUUGGGGAAAGGCAAUCGUAGAACAAUUAGAAGAAGUCGACGAGAAAAUCACGCAUUUAAACAAGAUUAUAUCGGAUCUAGCUCUUCAAGAGAAAGCACAACAACAGGAAGAGGAAAACAAACUGACAUUUCAUACAAGGAAAGAUCAAUUAGAAUUUGAGCUUGUUUAUCCAGUAGUUAUUGUUGAAGUCCAGGAGAUAAAAUGUCGGGCCCUAGUGGACACAGGGGCCGGAAGCUCAUAUGCCUCAGCAAGUUUGCUAAACCAUAUCAAAGCCAAACCAACAUCAUCAGAUAUUCGCAACAUUGAAAUGCUACUUGGGACAACCACAAGGAAACUGGACAUCUUCCAGAUUGGCAUUCAAUCUGUGGACGGUGACUUUAGUCUGGAAGCAAAUUUGACGAAGAUUGAUAAACAGCAGUUGUUGUUGCUACCAAACCCACAAUACGACCAAGUUUUGAGGAAGUACCAACAUUUGGAUGGAGUAGUAAUUAAAGAUGAGGAUCCAAAGGAACAGCUCCCAAUUCAUCUUAUUUUGGGCGUAGGGGAAUACUCGAAAAUCAAAACAAGUUCGAGGCAGAAAGUCGGUGUACCAGGAGAACCAGUGGCAGAACUGACUAAAUUCGGAUGGAUCCUACUAUCACCUGGACAAGGUAUUGAUCUGUCUCAAAUGUUCCUGACCCAAACAUCGUCAGUGGAAUAUGAUGAGCUUUGUCGGAUGGAUGUCCUAGGGUUAGCAGACACCCCAGUUGGAGAUCAAGAAGCAGUAUAUGACGAGUUUAAAGAACAACUGUACAGAAGUCCCGAAGGCUGGUAUGAAACUGGCCUCCCUUGGAAAGGAAGCUACUUUCCAGUGGGUACGAAUGAGGCUAACAGCCAACGACGAUUACGGACACUGGUGAGCAAACUCAAAGCCACAGGGAAAUUGGAGGAAUAUAACAAAGUUAUCAGAGAACAGUUGGAAGAAGGAGUGGUAGAACCGGUACCAGAGAAAUCUGAGGGGCGAGAAUUCUAUAUACCCCACAAAGGAGUGUUUCGUGAGACGGCAGAGAGUACCAAAUUGCGGGUUGUGUAUGAUGCCUCGGCUAGACCAUCCAAAGAGUCGCCAUCAUUGAAUGACUGUCUCGAAGUUGGUCCUUCUCUCCAGAACAAAUUGUGGUCGGUACUAGUGCGGGGAAGAUUCCACCCUGUUUGCCUCAGUGGAGAUCUGCGAAAAGCCUUCUUACAAAACCCUGCUGGUGUUGAAGAGAUAAGAAAGAGUCUUUACGUCGAUGACCUUAUUAGUGGAGCAACUACAAUCGCGAAAGCAUCAGAGUUAAAAGCAACUGCCACAGAAAUCUUUCAAGAUGCAGCAUUCGAGUUACAUAAGUGGCAGUCAAACGACAAGGAGCUGGAAACGCCAUCAUCAUCAAACCAAGAAGGGGAAACCUAUGCAAAGGAACAACUCGGGGUCCCAACCAAAGAAAACGGUAAACUCCUUGGUCUCGACUGGGAUAAAGACAAGGACACAAUAAGCAUUACCUUUCCAUCGCAGAAAGCAGACCCGUCGAAGAGAGGACUGGUGUCCCCGACGACAUUAGCCGGUAAGUUGUUGUAUCGUGAAGCCUGUGAGCGCAAGCUAAGGUGGGAUGCUCCACUGAAUGAAUCCCUGGCGAAGAAAUGGAAAAGGUGGGAGAUCGAACUUCCGAACAGUGUUGAAGUUCCUAGAAGCCUCGUAGGAAAUCGCGAAGAGAUUCAAGAAAUUCAUCUACAUACAUUCGGGGAUGCUAGCAUAAAGGGAGUGGCAGCCGCGGUGUAUGCUGUGGUAAGGCAGGCGUCUGGAGAUACGCAGGGAUUGGUCGCAGCAAAAUCGCGUUUGGUUAAGAAAGGUUUGUCCAUACCAAGAACGGAGUUUGUGUCGGCUCACAUGGCGACAAACCUAGUUGACAAUGUGAAAACAGCGUUGGAAGGUUUGCCAGUAACUGACGUGACGGGAUGGCUUGAUAGCACGGUGGCUCUGUACUGGAUCGAAGGCAGAGGACAGUAUAAGCAGUUCGUACAAAAUCGGGUGAGGAAAAUUUGCGAGAAGAGAUACAUCAAGUGGAGGCACGUACCAACGGAUCAAAAUCCAGCCGAUGUCGGUAGUCGGGCAGGUUUGGGUUCUAACGAUAAGCAGUUGUGGCAACACGGACCCGGUUGGCUUAGUGCGAAAGAGAACUGGCCUCAAACUCCAGUGAUUGCUGAAACCGAUGAAUCGAAAGUCGAAACCAAGUUGACUCGUGAAGUAUUCGCAUUAGUCCUACCAGUGAAAGACACGUUUGACGAGCUCCUCGAAAAAUUCGAACUUUGGAAAAUGCUGCGAAUUGGAGCGUGGGUAGCAAGGUUCGUGUCUAAUGCAAGGAUUCAUGGGGGGGAAAAGUCAUUGGGACCUAUUACGACGGAGGAAAUCCAAAAGCAACUACUAUUCUGGGUGAAAAGAGUCCAAGGGCGGAAUGAAACAACUGACACCUUCCACGACGACCGGUCGCGAUUAAACCUUCAAACAACCAAGGACGGUGUGUACGAAUGUCGAGGCCGUCUUCAAGGACUUUACCCGACCUAUUUACCCGAUCAAGAAAUGUUCACCGAGAAGCUUGUGAUGGACGCCCACAUCCGAACCUUACAUGGGGGAGUGGGACUUACCAUGACUAAGCUACGGGAGGUUUAUUGGAUACCCCGUUUACGACGGUUGGUGAGGAAGAUGAUCAAAAGGUGUAAUGGCUGUAGGCGAUUUCGGGCAGCCGCAGUUGCCGAUCCUCCACCCGGAAAUCUUCCGACAGAUCAAACGGUUGGAUCCUCUGCGUUUCAAGUGAUUGGAGUGGACUAUGCGGGGCCAAUUCCAUAUCGGACAGCGAAAAAUCGAGAACGAAAAUCGUACCUCCUUUUGUAUGUAGUCUGUCGAGAGCGGUCCAUUUGGAGUUAUUACCAGACCUGA